AUGGGGACAUUGGCUGAACAAGCAUCCAAGCUGCUGGAUUUUAACCAGAAACUGGACAUAACACUCCUCGACAACAUAGUAGGAUGUAUGUAUACUGGAAUGGGUGAGCAACAGCGAGUUGCACAAGAAGUGCUUACUACACUUAAGGAACAUCCAGAUGCAUGGACACGUGUUGACACCAUUCUAGAAUAUUCUCAGAAUCAACAAACAAAAUAUUAUGCCCUACAAAUUCUGGAGCAAGUGAUAAAGACACGGUGGAAAGUACUACCAAGGAAUCAAUGCGAGGGAAUAAAAAAAUAUAUUGUAGGCCUCAUUAUCAAGACAAGCAGUGAUCCAGAAACCAUGGAGGCCUCCAAAGUUUAUCUUAACAAACUGAAUAUGAUCCUUGUCCAGGUAUUAAAGCGUGAAUGGCCAAAGAACUGGGAAUCAUUUAUUGGCGACAUUGUAGGAGCAAGUAAGACGAAUGAAAGUCUGUGUCAGAAUAAUAUGGCCAUAUUAAAGUUAUUAUCAGAGGAAGUGUUUGACUUCUCUAGUGGACAAAUGACGCAGACAAAAGCGAAACAUCUGAAGGAUACCAUGUGUAGUGAAUUCUCCCAAAUUUUCCAACUUUGCCAGUUCGUUAUGGAUAAUUCGCAAAAUGUCCCACUAGUGGCCGUUACUCUAGAAACUCUAUUGAGAUUUCUUAACUGGAUUCCCCUUGGAUAUAUUUUUGAGACUAAACUCAUCACCACAUUGAUAUUCAAGUUCUUGAAUGUUCCGACAUUUCGAAACGUCACUCUCAAAUGCUUGACCGAAAUUGCUACUGUGACUGUGACCAAUUACGACGACAUGUUUGUAGUUCUAUUUGCGAACACGAUGCAGCAGCUGGAGCAAAUGCUGCCUCUUGAAACUAACAUCCGUGACGCAUAUGCGGUCGGCCAGGAUCAAGAACAGAACUUUAUUCAAAAUUUGGCCAUGUUCCUCUGCACUUAUCUAAAAGAUCAUGGUCAGCUGGUAGAGAAGAAGCAAUUAAAUGAUACGCUUCUAAAGGCGUUGCACUAUCUUGUACUAAUCUCGGAGGUCGAGGAAGUUGAGAUAUUCAAAAUCUGUCUGGAAUAUUGGAAUGGAUUGGCAGCUGACCUAUACAGAGAAAAUCCAUUUAUGACACCAGCACCUCUAUUUAUGCCCAAGAAUAGUAUAUCUGUACCAACACGGAGACAAUUUUAUUGUCCCGUUUUAACAAAAGUGCGAUAUAUUAUGAUCAGUCGAAUGGCAAAGCCAGAAGAGGUGCUUGUUGUUGAGAAUGAAAAUGGCGAAGUAGUCAGGGAAUUCAUGAAAGACACGGAUUCUAUAAAUUUGUAUAAGAAUAUGCGAGAGACUUUGGUAUACCUUACGCAUCUUGAUUAUGUCGACACUGAGAGAGUGAUGACAGAAAAGCUUCAGAAUCAAGUUAACGGUUCAGAAUGGUCCUGGAAAAACUUAAACACGUUAUGCUGGGCCAUAGGCAGCAUCUCUGGUGCAAUGCACGAGGAAGAUGAGAAGCGAUUUCUUGUAACAGUCAUCAAAGAUUUACUUGGUCUUUGCGAACAGAAAAAGGGCAAGGACAAUAAGGCCAUUAUCGCCAGUAACAUCAUGUAUGUUGUAGGACAGUAUCCACGAUUUCUCAGGGCCCAUUGGAAGUUCCUGAAAACAGUCGUAAAUAAACUAUUUGAGUUCAUGCAUGAAACCCAUGAUGGCGUCCAGGAUAUGGCUUGCGAUACAUUCAUUAAAAUAGCAUUGAAAUGUAGACGACAUUUUGUUACGAUACAAAUUGGUGAAGCAAUGCCAUUUAUCGAAGAAAUUCUUUCUACAAUCAGCAGUAUCAUAUGUGAUUUACAAACUCAGCAGGUGCAUACUUUUUAUGAAGCUGUGGGAUACAUGAUAAGCGCGCAGAUAGAUUCUGUGGCGCAGGAACUAUUAAUUGAGAAGUAUAUGCUUUUGCCUAAUCAAGUGUGGGAUGAUAUCAUUAGUCAAGCAUCCAAGAAUGUAGACGUUUUAAAGGACCAGGAAGCAGUGAAACAACUUGCUAGCAUUCUAAAAACAAAUGUCAGAGCGUGUAAAGCGCUUGGCCAUCCGUACGUGAUGCAAUUAGGAAGAAUAUAUUUAGAUAUGUUAAAUGUGUAUAAGGUAAUGAGCGAAAACAUAAGUGCAGCGAUAGCUUUGAACGGUGAGAUGGUGAUGAAACAGCCAUUGAUUAAGAGCAUGAGGGUCGUCAAGAAGGAAACACUGAAAUUAAUCUCGGAUUGGGUCAGCAAAUCAGCUGAUCAUGAAAUGGUCUUAGAGAACUUCAUACCACCGCUAUUGGAUGCGGUAUUGUUAGAUUAUCAGAAAACAAAUGUUCACUGCGCCAGAGAGCCUGAGGUUCUCAGUGCCAUGGCUACCAUAGUGAAUAACCUCGAAGGCCAUAUCACCAGACAGGUGCCGAAAAUGUUUGAUGCCGUGUUCGAGUGCACCCUCGAAAUGAUCAACAAGGACUUUGAAGAAUUUCCAGAACACAGGACAAACUUCUUCCUUUUAUUGCAGGCAGUGAAUGUUCAUUGUUUCCCUGCAUUCCUAUCAAUUCCCCCGGCACAGUUCAAACUAGUCCUCGACUCCAUCAUCUGGGCUUUCAAACACACCAUGAGGAAUGUUGCUGAUACGGGACUUCAGAUCUUGUACCAACUACUGCAAAAUAUCGAGAAGCACGAACAAGCUGCACAAAGCUUUUAUCAGACCUACUUCACGGACAUUCUACAACACAUUUUCAGUGUAGUGACAGACACGUCUCACACAGCUGGAUUGACGAUGCACGCUACAAUCUUGGCGUACAUGUUCACGUUGGUCGAACUUGGCAGAAUCCAGGUGCCUCUAGGACCUCUACCGGACAACACGCUUUACGUUCAAGAAUUCGUCGCGAGCUUGCUCAGGGCAGCUUUUCCGUACUUGACGGACAACCAAAUCAAAAUUACCGUACAGGGACUGUUUAAUCUCGACCAAGAUAUCCCUGCCUUUAAGGAACAUCUCAGGGACUUCCUCGUUCAAAUUAGAGAGUACACUGGUGAGGAUGACUCGGAUCUUUACUUAGAAGAACGAGAGACUGCUCUGCGAGUGGCCCAAGAGGAUAAGAGGCGGCAACAGAUGGCAGUCCCGGGUAUUCUCAAUCCACACGAGAUGCCGGAGGAGAUGCAGGACUGAAUCAUCCAUAAACCUUAUCCUAAUCUCCCUGCACUUUCGAACGAAAAGCGCUCUGCCGUAGGUACUACCGUAUCAUUUAAUCUGCAACAACUCUUACAACCAUUGCCACCAUCACAACCACCACGACCAUCAACACAACUACUAUUUACUACUACUACUGCUACCACUACACCAGAUACAUAUUAUAUACGUACCAGGGCCGACGAGUGUAAAAUACUAUGCCUUUGUUACGGACGUAAGUCCGAAACGUGGUGACUGUUUGUUUGUCUGUUAUAGGAUUUGAUAUGAAACGGAGUUUUUCUUGUGGGUAAAAUGUGAAUGCCUGCUUGGCGAUGCUAUUUCAUGUACCCUGGAGUCUAUAUUUCUUAUAGAAAGUUUUUGUUCCGAUGAGUAUAUAGAGAUAGAACGCCGGGUAGCGCCGAACUGUCGACUGCCAAAUAAUAUCUUCGAUCUCUAUACGCUACCUAUAUGUAUCCAAUCAAAAAAAUCUUCACUUCGUAAGUUCUCGUAUGUACCAUGCGAUGAUAUAUCGACCCCGUAAAUACUGUUUUAUCUUAGAAGGAGAUCAAAGUACCGAUGCUGACGAUAACAAUAAUAUAAAUAAUUUCAAAGAGCAGCAACAAUAAUAAUACUUAAAGUUACUCUCUUGACGUUAAUUCGGUUCAAUUUCGCGGGUCGUUAUAGCCGAAUUCAUCGUAUCGAUAUAUUUCUAUUCUUUUUUCCUUGCCCAAGUUAUUCCUUCUUUUCGCGAGUGUUUCACUAAAAACUUAGCCAACUCUCUUACUCCGCAUAUCAUCGGCUCCGUAUGAAUCUGUUUAUGUAUAAAUGCUGUUGAUUUUAUUAUCGUGUAAAAGAAUAACGGAGAAAAAGAGAGCACGAAAGAAAAUGAAUGCAGGUAUGAAAGCGGCAGCUCGCACCAAUGGCAAUUGUAUUUUCAAUUUGAACGUAUGAAAUACAUUUUCACUCCAAUUCGGAUUAUUUUCAAAUUAUAAAUUGUUCAUCGGUGGCUCGAUGUUCGAUCGUCACUACAUUCAUCGUCCCUCUUUACGUCGUGGCGCUUUGUAAGGGCUUCAAACUUUUCAUAACAACGAGGUGCUACUUCACACUUUUGUCGGUUACUUUCAUUUUUUAUUUUUACUUCCUUUCAUCAGUACUCUAAGCAUUUCUGCGUCGCCAAUUCAGACUCUAUGGCUGCUAGAUAUUUAAAUAUUUCGGACUAUACCAUACUUUUGCAUUUCAUCAUUUUUAGCCGGCAUUUCUUUUUAAACCCUUAAUAUCUUGAUAAUAUUUUUCGACCGGUGCUUACAACGAGUCAUCGAAAAGCAAUGUCUUCGUCUCACAAAACUGCAGAACUUCGAGGUGAAUGACAGUAAUGGCGUUUCAUUUUUUUUAUUAUAAUUUUCCACGUAAAAUUAAUUCCUCUCUCAGUUGACUUUCCAUCCUUCUCUCGAGUUUAAUCAAUAACGCAUCAUUGUGAAAUCGUGAACUUCGAAGAAAAAAGGACGCCAGUCAGAAACGGACAUGGAGGAAGGGAAGAAGAGAGGCAUGCCAACGCAUUAUUCUCUCGCGAGAGUUUGAUUCGGUAUAAAAAGAGGAAAGGUAGUAAAGAAGAAGAGGGAACUUUUGAAUGACAGAGUUAACUUACGUAAAAUAGUAUCGUCUCAGCAGGCUCCCAUGCGAUAUAAAUGUACUAGGCAAAUGUGUAUUUUUAUUCAAAUGAAAUUGUAUUAUAAUACCACAUUAUUAUGACUUAGAUAAAGUCGACCACGUUACGAGUCGUUAAUUGGCAUCUUGUAGAUUAAAAGCUGAUCGCAACUCACUAUAGUUUGUAGGGUAUCUCUCUAUCGAUCUGUCUAACCUAUUUCUUUCAUUCAAGCGAUCUAUCCCGAUCUUUACAAAAUACAAAGAAAUUACUCGUGACACUCUCAAUCUCGGUAGUAAAAUGUUCAAGACAAAAGCACGACGUUACACAUUGUUCUAAUCACAUUGCACCCAAUUUCACGGCAAAUUAUUCUUCCGACUGUUUUUCUUCAUUUGUCGUCUGUCAACUGGUAAAUUUCAACUCGUGCCACGCGAAUAAUUAUACUUUGUCUAUGGGACCGCUGAGAACUGUUCGACUUUUCGUUUAACCCUCUUCACCCUUUUUUCUUCGUUACUCACGGUUAUAUACAAUACACGUCCAUCCUCGAUAAAGGCAAUGGCCCUUACUCAUACCUACAUAAUAGAUAUACAUGCAGCAUCAAACGGAAAGAAGAAUUUUCACGUGUGGCGUACGUCAAUUGGGUCUUAACCAGCCUUUCUUGAUAUUGGAUUUAUUUCUUCAUUUUCUCAAUCAAUCGUGGCGAUAAUUAUACAUGCUGAACGUGAACUCGAGAGAAAGAGCAAACUUGUACUUGCUUACAUGCAUUUUCAUAGGGAUGAUAUAUAUAUAUGUAUAUAUGAAUUCUAUGAGAAUGCAGGUUUGUUAAAUAUUUAGUGCAGGAUUCAAACAAAUAAACGUCUGAACGCAUUGGGCGAACUUCAUAAACCUGACAGAUCUAGAUUAGCGCGAAACUUUUUAAAAAUAUUUUCUACAUUAGUGAUUUAGCCGUGUUUUAUAAAACGAUCUGAUAAUACCGCGUUGAGUAAGUACCUUCGAUCGUACGUUCAUGCCUGACGAGACUACGUUUUCAUAACUGAGAGAAAAAGGGAAAGAUAAAAGGAAAGAAAAUUAAAGACAGUACAACGGAAUUUCAUGAGGUUUCAAACGAAGUGAAGAAAAUCUUAUGGGGCAACGAUGUUUACCUCCGAUCAUCAAAGUUAAUAGCGGCAAGAGUUUAAGUAAAAGCCCAGCUAUAAAUAUCCUAUGCCAAUUGAUCGAAGUCAUAUAAAAGUUAAUAAAACAAAUACUGGACGAACGGCAAAAAAUUUGGGCACGAGUCUUGCAAAACGUCAUCACGAUUUACGUCAUAUAAGUGAAUCCAACGACUGACAGUACUACGUUUCCUCGUAUCGAAUUUUGAAUUUUUGAAAAUUAAUACACAACGUACUUUCGGACACGACCUAUAAUAUUCUUUCAACACAAACAACCAUGAACCUUCGAUGUAAUUCAUAGAAUAAUCUUUCGAAUAGGGUAUUUACUACCAGGUAUUUAAAUACGUGGUGGAUGGAACAUUGGGAUGGUGACUGUUAGCAGAUGCACGAUUAUUAGAUAGAUAAAACUGAAUCUACUGUUGCAUUUGAGUUAACUGGUGUUCACGAUAUUCGAAGAUAUGUACCAUAAUGAUUAGACGAUUGACAGUAGCUCCGCUUGGCACACUGGAGCCAUUACUAUACUGUACCUAUGCGACCCAGCACUCGAGCCGAGCUGCUGUCAGUUCUCGUUUCGAUGAAGAAUGAAGUGAAAAAUAAAAAUAAAAGAAAGAGAUUGAUGAACGAACGAAUUAAUUAACGAGCACGAUUGCAUCUCCUUGUCGUAAGCUGUAUUUAUUUGCAACCAGCACACGACUGUACCCGAAAAUAAUGUCUAUGUAAGGGAGAAACUUCCAUUAUUUCCCAUCAGAGAGGAAGAUACUUUCUUUUUUUUUGUUAUUAUAUAAUUAAAAAUACGAUACAAACCUCUUUUCUAUCGACAAUGUCUUGUAUGAUGCAGAGAGAGAGAGAGAGAGAGAGAGAGAGAGAAUAGCGUGUGUGUGAAAAAGAAAGAGAGAAAGAGAGCGAAAUAAUAAAUAAAAAAAAAUACAUUUACGGUGUACGAUCUUGAUUGUGAGAUGGACUAAGUAUAGUAAGAGCUAUUACAUAAGGUAAACUAGAUUACAAGACGAUAAUAAAACAUUAGAUACAGGUGUAUGAUUAAUAUUUUAAAGAAGUAUGUCUAUUAUAUGAGAUUUUUAAGGCAGCGAAAGAAAGAGGAUAUUCCCACUUGUACUGAACCGAUUAUGAUGAAGGCUAAAGUUUUCAAUAUAUAUGUAUGGAUAUAUAUGUAUAUAUACACACUCAGUGCAUAUAUACUUGUAUAUAUAUAUAUAAAUAUUCGUAAUAAAAUGUACUUUUCAAUUAUUUUUCUUUCAACAGUCACCCCGUAUGUCGCGUAUCUGCAUCGCUUAAUCAUUACUUAGCGAAUUUAAUUAUCGUUACUUUUUUUUAGUAUCCUUAUCCGUGGCCUUGAUACAUUUCAUCCUGUAAACAUGAUCGAAUUAACGAAUGACAAGCGCUAUCACGUACUAGAGUCUUAAUGAUCGAUCCAAGGACCACCUUUAUGAUCUUGCCAGGGAUUUUGAUCGAGUCAGUAUGUGAGCAGAAUGAUCCAUUUUUUGUUUCUGAGCCUUUCGAUGCAGAUUCUUUUACGAUAACGUUCGAGACGAUUACUAUUUUAUUAUUCUAUUCCGCCUGUGACCCUGUACUAAACUAGCGUACGUAAAGAAUGAGAUCCUGUAUGUAAUGAACUGCCGUGUACAAAAACGAGGAAAAAGAAAAGAAAGCUACCGAAUAAAUAAAAGUAUCCAAAUAACAUUAUCGUUUCGGCUAUAAGUGGCGACGUGCUUUUGCUUGGAAGCAAAUAAGUACAGUUACGAGUUUGCCGGGUGUCUUAACGUGCUGGAACGUCUGUGAAACUUUGACAGAUUUUUUGUAUAAUAUUAAACAAUGUUGUACUCGCCUAAGAUGUGUCCCGCACGGCGUUAAAACGAAUGAAAUUGUCUGACGACAUACGUCACGAAGGCUUUUCAGCUUUUGUUUUUCUCUUUUUAAGCUUUUAAUUUCUCGCUAACGUUGCAAGGACAGAGUGUGCGAAUUUGUAACGAUAGCACUCCGAGGUUGUAAGAUUUAUUAAUUUUUCGCAAGAACACGAAUUUUAUGUUAAUUCCCUUCUACGUGCAUUUAGAAUUGUACUGAACAUCGGAAACCUUUUCUAUGAAUUAUUCGUGGAUAAUUUUGAGCCAGUCUUCUUUUUCAUCCUCUCCUUUGCGACUCGGAGACACGUUGGAUGUUCGAUAGUUACUUUUUCUUUGAGACACAAAAAUGUAAUAAGAUGUCUUUGAUACACGCCAGUCGGUCCAAGAUAAGAGAUGCCGUUUACGUUAGAUGAUGAUCUCUACACCCGCAUGCGAUUUUCUUUUGAGCCUUGAGACGAAUCAGCAAAAUAGAUUUUGUAUGUCGUUAACUGACGACAGUAGACUAAUGUAAUGUCGAGGGUCGUGUGAUAGUAUGUAGUUAAGGAAAUAGAGAUGAUACGCGUGUCUGAGUGUGUGGAUGUAAUAAAUUAAGAGCUCUAUCAGUUAUUCAUUGUAACGACAAAGUAUGUAAAGAGUUUAAUAAUACUUACUAAUAAAAUUUAAAAUACUACUGUA